AUGACGCUGCAGUGCGCCCAGCACCUGCACUCCUUCAUGCAGCUGGAUCGCGCCCAGAGCGUGCUUGAGAUCGCCGCCGGCGCUGGGUUGGGCUCGCUCGACGUUGCUCAGCACAUGCUUCGAGGGCCACCGAGCUCGUCCCAAGGAGUCAAGCGGACGUUCACGGUCACCGACCUGUCCCCCGUGAUGAUCCAAAUGGCCAAGGAGAACCUGCGUGCAAUCAACUCGGACAGUAUCAAGAUCAGCUGCAGGGAAGCCAACGGUCAAGACCUGGCCGACGUCCCCACGGGUUCAGUGGAUCGCUACAUCGCCAGUCUCUGCUUGCAACUGGCGCCCGACCCGGACGCGAUGCUCCGUGAGGCCAGCCGGGUGUUGACGCCCGACGGACUUGCGGGCUUCACCAUUUGGGGCUCGCCCGAGCGAAGUGGUAACUUCACUAUCAACGCUGCUGCCAACAAGGAGCUGGGGCUCGAGGAGAACACGGCGGAGCACUCCAACUUCGUCAUGGGGAGGGACCUACCCGCUCUACGCCGCCGACUCGCCGCGGCCGGGUUCAAACACGUGCAGAUCUGGCCCUUCCAGUGCGUCGUGGAGCUCUGGAGCGGCAAGGAGUUCGCCAAACUCCACCAAGAAAUGUUCCCGCUCGAGAGCGGCCAGGGGGAGCUCAGAGCUCGGCGGUUCGCUGUAGUGGAGCGAAUGGCCGACGGAUGGCUCGCCAAGGGAGAUCCCAUCGGACUGGAAACCUACAUCAUCAUCGCCUCUCCCGUGACGUCGCACAUCCUCGACACUUCGCUGGGGCGUCCUGCCGCCGACGUGCGCGUGGAGCUGCAGCGUCUGCAGUCGAGCGGCCAGUGGCUCCGCGUCAACGAAGGAAGAACCAACGCCGACGGGCGCGUCGCCUCCCACUUGGUGCCGGAAGCUGAGACCUUCGAAGCGGGUGCCUACCGGAUGGUGUUCUACACCCAAGAGUACUUUGAGCGCAACGGGGUCUCGGAGUUCUUCUACCCGGAGGUGACCAUCGCCUUCAUUGUGAAGGACCCCUCGCAGCACUACCACGUGCCGCUGCUCAUCAACCCCUUCGGGUACUCGACCUACCGCGGAAGCUGAACGCUGGUCAACAAGAGGAAAAUUUUAGUCGUAAAUUACGGCUUCAAACGAUUG